CCGUACACAGCACAAGGAGUGGAGGCGGAGCAGCAGCAAAGCUUGUGAGAGAGCUCUGCAGUAUAAGGUGGGGGAGCAGACCCACGGGUUCACCGUAGAGCAGGUAACGUCUGUCCCUGAACUGUUGCUAACCGCAGUGAAGCUCAGCCAUGACGGCACAGGAGCCAGGUACCUACACCUGGCAAGGGAAGACACAAACAACUUGUUCAGCGUACAGUUCCGCACUACUCCAAUGGAUAGUACUGGAGUCCCACAUAUUCUUGAGCACACGGUCCUUUGUGGUUCUCAGAAAUACCCAUGUAGAGAUCCUUUCUUCAAAAUGUUAAAUAGGUCAUUAUCCACUUUUAUGAAUGCCUUUACAGCCAGUGAUUAUACUCUGUAUCCAUUUUCCACGCAAAAUGCCAAGGAUUUUCAGAAUCUCCUCUCCGUGUAUUUGGAUGCAACCUUUUUCCCAUGCUUGCGGGAACUAGAUUUCUGGCAGGAAGGGUGGCGGCUAGAACAUGCGAAUCCCAGCGACCCCCAGACGCCCUUGACCUUUAAAGGCGUGGUCUUUAAUGAGAUGAAGGGGGCGUUUUCAGACAAUGAGAGGAUAUUCUCACAGAACCUUCAGAACAAACUUCUUCCUGACCAUACAUAUUCCGUGAUCUCCGGAGGUGAUCCGCUGUGCAUCCCAGAGCUCACGUGGGAACAGCUUAAACAGUUCCAUGCUACCCAUUAUCACCCAAGUAAUGCUAGGUUCUUCACUUACGGGAAUUUUGAAUUAGAACAGCACUUGAGGCAAAUACAGGAAGAAGCGCUGAGUAAAUUUCAGAAAAUUGAACCAAAUACCAUGGUGCCGGCCCAGCGGCUCUGGGAUCAGCCUAGGGAAUUCCACAUAACUUGUGGCCCGGACUCGUUGGCUACAGAUGCCUCUAAACAGACAACUGUCAGUGUCAGCUUCCUCCUACCAGAUAUCACCGACACAUUUGAAGCCUUCACGUUAAAUCUUCUGUCUUCACUCCUGAUUACCGGGCCCAAUUCCCCUUUUUACAAGGCCUUGAUUGAGUCUGGACUUGGCGCAGAUUUUUCUCCUGAUGCUGGAUACAAUGGCAACACCCGUGAGGCCUACUUCAGCGUUGGCCUCCAAGGGCUUGCUGAGGAGGAUGUGCAGACUGUCAGAGACCUUGUAGAAAGGACGAUUGAUGAAGUAGUUGAGAAAGGGUUUGAAAAUGAACAAAUUGAAGCUUUACUUCAUAAAAUUGAAAUACAAAUGAAGCAUCAGACUACCAACUUUGGACUUGCCCUGACUUCGUACAUAGCUUCUUGCUGGAAUCAUGAUGGGGACCCUGUGGAGCUCUUGCAGAUGGGAGGUCAGUUAGCUAAAUUCAGGCAGUGUCUUAAGGAAAAUCCAAAGUUUUUACAAGAAAAAAUAAAACAGUACUUUAAGAAUAAUCAGCAUAAACUCACUUUAUCAAUGAAGCCAGAUGACAAGUAUUAUGAGAAACAGUCUCAAAUGGAGACAGAAAAGCUGGACCGAAAGAUCAAUUCUCUCUCUCCAGAAGACAAGCAACAGAUCUAUGAAAAAGGCUUAGAAUUACGGGAUCUGCAAAGUAAACCUCAAGACGCCACCUGCCUCCCAGCACUGAAGGUCUCGGACAUUGAGCCCGCCGUGCCUUUCACUGAGUUGGAAGUGGCCUUAGCAGCCGGAGAAAUCCCUGUGCAGUACUGCGCCCAGCCCACGAACGGUGUGGUGUACUUCCGGGCCUUUUCCAACUUAAACACACUUUCCGAGGAGCUGAAGCCCUACGUGCCUCUCUUCUGCAGUGUCCUUACCAAGCUGGGCUGCGGCAAGCUUAACUACAGAGAGCAAGCGCAGCAGAUAGAACUGAAGACAGGGGGCAUGACGGUCUCUCCGCAGGUGCUCCCUGACGAGUCCCAUCUGGACACCUACGAGCAGGGUAUACUCUUCUCAUCUCUCUGCCUGGAUCGAAACCUACCAGACAUGAUGCAUCUGUGGACUGAAAUAUUUAACCACCCGACCUUUGAGGAGGAGGAGCACUUCCGAGUGCUGGUGAAGAUGACUGCGCAGGAGCUCUCAAACGGGAUCCCGGAGUCUGGGCAUGUCUACGCGGCCCUUCGAGCAAGCAAGACCCUCACGCCUGCAGGGGACCUGGCGGAGACCUUCAGCGGGAUGGAUCAGGUGAGGUUGAUGAAGAGAAUUGCAGAAAUGACAGACAUCACACCAGUCCUGAAAAUGUUCCCACGGAUCAAGAAACAUCUAUUAAAAUGUGAUAAUUUGAGAUGUUCAGUGAAUGCUACUCCUCACCAGAUGUCUCAGGCGGAAAAGGAGGUGGCGAACUUCAUUCGAAGCAUUCGUGGAAGUAAGAAGGAACGGAAACCUGUCCGCCCGCAUGUGGUUGAGAAACCCACACCCAGCGGCGCUGGUGCUGACGGCUCCCAGAUGGUACGAAAGCUGGUCACGGAGCCCACUUUCAAACCCUGGCAGAUGAAAACACAUCUCCUGAUGCCUUUCCCGGUGAACUACGUUGGAGAAUGUGUCAGAACUGUCCCCUACGUACACCCAGACCAUGCCAGUCUUAAGAUUCUUGCCCGUUUGAUGACUACUAAAUUCUUGCAUACAGAAAUUCGAGAAAAAGGGGGUGCUUAUGCUGGAGGUGCUAAACUCAGCUAUAAUGGAAUUUUCACAUUUUACUCUUACAGGGACCCAAAUUCAGUAGAAACACUGCAGUCUUUCGAGAAGGCUGUCGACUGGGCUAAGGCUGGAGACUUCACACAGCAGGAUAUCGAUGAAGCCAAACUUUCCGUUUUCUCUGCUGUAGACGCUCCUGUUGCUCCUUCAGACAAAGGCUUGGACCACUUCUUAUACGGCCUCUCCAACGAGAUGAAGCAGAUGCACAGGGAGCAGCUCUUCGCUGUCGGCCAUGACGGCCUUACUGCUGUGAGCGACAGGUACCUCGGAGUGGGGAAGAGCACACACGGCCUGGCUCUCGUUGGACCAGAGAACGAGAAAAUUUCUAAGGACCCGUCCUGGAUAGUAAAAUAGCUGGUCACAAGCAUUUCUGCCUCAGGAACUCAGCCUCUUACAAAUUUAGCCUCUCAGUUAAUUUCACCUUGAAAUACUGGAAAUGUUACUGUUUUCCAAAAAUCACGUCCUCCUUAAAAUUUGACCAAAGGUGUUAACUAGUAAGUUGGACAAAACCUUUUUAUCUUAAGGAAAUACAGAGCAUGAAGAAACUAAUUGAAAUAAUCAUGCAUUAAAUGCCAACUAUGAAUGAAGUGGAUUUUAAAGUGUAUUUAUUGAUCCUAGAACAUUUAUUUUAAAAAUAAAAGCCAACCCUGACCUA